AUGUAUGAAGACCAAUACCAAAGAGAAAAAGUUAUGAGAGAAGUGUUUUAUGAGCAACAGGAGAAAGAAAAUAAAGAGGUUGAUGAUAAAAGGCCUGCUCUGUUCAGAAAGCAUAAGGCUUACAACUCCCAACCAGAUAAAAACAUACAUGAGGAAUUUAAAGACAUGAGCUCUAAAGAAUCAUCCUUUAAAGAUAUGAAGAAGCAAUACAAUGUCUCUGAAAAGCAGAACCAGGUUGAUUACUUGAACCAGCAGGUGUUUCAAGCAAUGUUUAACGCCCUGAAGGAUAGACAAAUAAAAUUUUAUGCAUUCCUGAACAAGGAAUUCAACAUUCUGAACUAUAAAUCUGCCAGAUGAAGCUAUUACUGCUUUGAAGAUAUGUCUAGCUCAGUCAUGGAAGCUAGUCAAUGAGUCCAUCUUUGAAGAGAAGGCAUCAUUGAGUGUAAAGAUUAUGCAGAGAAUCUUCAGAAACAAGCUGAUCAAGAGAUAAAAGAUUGCCAAGAAAAAGCUAUGGAUAUAAAGAAGUUAUCAGACCCAAUGAUGCACUGGAUCUCAUGAUAUGAGAAAUUGAUAGGCAAGUUUGAUGAUAUGGAGAAAGAACUCAUGAGUGAGUUCUCUAAUAUUAUUUAA